AUCCCUGAUGAAUGUCAAAAGCUACUGAUUAGCUUGACUCGACUUUUAGGAUCAAAAUGAUUUUUUGGUCCUAAAAAGCUAAGUCUUUGCUCGAAUAUACCACCCAGAAUCUCGAAUGGGCCUGCCCGUACCGCUUGUUUCCCUCAAAAUGUCAAUCGAAAGUUGAAACCAACAACAAAUGGCGUAGAAGGUUGAAUUACAGAAAACAUACAUCUCUGACAAUUCUUGAUUUGUUAUACGCUGGUAUUGUGCUUUAGCUUCCUCAAUUGCUUACUUCAAUCAAAAAGAGAUUAGUGACUUUUACCAUAAAAAUGGAGGGCUGGAAUGAGAUAACCAGGUCCCCCGUUAUAAGGCCACCAAAAAGCCCCAGUACAAAACCUGCAACAGUGUCUUGUACCGUAUUUGACGAACAAAGCGAUAUUGUUUGGGUUGGUGACUCUUCGGGGUUCAUAGCAUCAUACACCGGUGAUGUCCUCUCACCAUAUACACGAUUCGCUGCUCAUAGGAAACCUGUCAAACAGUUAUUGUCCCAUGUGAAAGGUAUCCUGUCAAUCGACGAAGAUUCCAUUAGGUUCACUAAUAGAAGAGGGCUGAUGAUCUUUCAAUUAUCAAGCAAGGACCACCCAAGUCUUGCAAGAAUAGGCACUAUGGAAUUCAUUUCACCAAAUGAACUAAUGGUCACUGCAGAAUCUUCAUUGCUUAGACUUGAUAUUAACAAAUCAAAAAUCACCCAGGUCAUACCGUAUAAACAUGAGAUUGUUUUAAUCGCAUCAAGUAAGCGUUAUAUCGCCCUUGGGAGAACAAACGGUAUGGUGGAUAUAUUCGAUCCAAAAUCAAAUGGUAUUGUGAAAACAUUCAUUUCAAAUUCAGGCUCUUUGUCUGAUAUUGAUUUACAAGAGCAUACUUUGGUAACGUGUGGAUUCUCUCAGCGUCAUGGCUCUUCUGUUCUGGAUCCAUUGGUUAAUGUUUAUGAUCUUCGAGUUUUGAAACCGCUUUCACCUAUUGCUUUCCCAGCCGGUGCUUCUUUUGUGAGACUUCAUCCUAAGCUAGCUAGCGUUGCAUUCAUCGCUUCCAAAACCGGGCAGUUACAAGUGGUGGAUAUGUUCAACCCUACAGAUGUUUCACUUUAUCAGAUUGAUGCUGGACCUAUGAUUUCCAAGUUUGAACUUUCAUCUACAGGUGACUUUUUAGCAAUUGUGGACGCAUACUCAUUACUUCAUUUGUGGUCACAUAACCCUGAACAUUCAUCAAUGUCAUCAAAAGCGCCACUAGAAUAUGCAACAAUGCCAGAACCAACCCCUUCAAAAGUUACAAUCGAUGAAGAUUUCCCUUUGAAUACAAUCGGGUUGCCAUAUUACAAAGAAACCCUUUUGUCUGCUUGGCCAACUCAAACAAUAUUUAGAAGUGCAGGUACGAUACCCAAGCCUAUUGAUUCAUCUAUCCUCCAAAGUGCACAAAUUAUAGAUGGCAUAGCUGUUGCUCCAUAUGAUAGUGAGAAGUAUGGCCCAAGAAAUUUGGCAAAGAAAUAUGUUCCAAUUAUCACAAAUUCAGAAGCUGGGAAAUUCAAGAGUUCCAAAAUUUCUAACUCUCCAUCAAAAAAGAACAAAACACAAGAAAACUUAUUUGAAUUUAAAGAAUCGGAAGAAUCAAACAGUCCACCCCCAGCUUUCAGAAAACUUGAGAUUCUUUAUUCUAAAUUUGGUGUUGAUGAUUUUGAUUUUGACUCAUACAAUCAAACCCAUUUCACAGGACUUGAAACUCAUGUUGACAAUUCCUACACAAACUCUUUGCUUCAGCUUUACAGAUUUGUACCAGAAAUGUUCAACUUUCUACUAGGUAAUUUGGCCAUUGAAAACCUGGAUUCAAAUUCAAUUAUAAGAGAGCUGGGAUACUUAUAUGAUAUGAUGGUGAAAUCCUUUGGUCAUCACCUAAGACCUACAAACUUUCAACAAACAUUUUCGUCUUUACAGGAUGCUAACAACUUGGGGUUAAUUGAGAAGGAAAAUGGAACUAUAAGCAGCACAGCGAGGGAUAUUGGAACAAGAAUAAAGCUCUUCAAUAAAUUUUUGCUUGAUAAAAUAACAAAAGAUGAACUUAAAGAGGUUGCUGAAGUCUCCAGAAGUUUACAGUCAUACUCAAUCUUCGGUAUUGAAGUUGAGAGCACGAUACGCUCUUUAUAUACCGGAGCGAUGUCAACAGAUACAAGUGUUAUUAAUACCUUGGAUGUGUUUUCACCUUUAGCCAACAGCUUCAGACCAUCAAUCAAAAAUGGAUCACAACCUUCAAUCUUGUCAUAUAUUGAAUCAUCGCUGAACACUGUGGAACAAAGAAGUAUGCUCAAUGAAAUGACUGGUCAUUAUGAAGCAGUUGAAGUCUCUCAUACUGUCAAAAGACUUCCACCUGUUCUAUCGAUAAACUUGCAUCUGAAAAAUGAUGAAUUGAAAGGUAUAAGAAACAAUAGUGACUGGCUAAAACCAACAUUUUAUACAGCUCCAUCAAAAGGAAGAUUCACGGUGGUUGAAAAUAUUACAAACCAUGUAAUGGCCAAUGCGUUUGAAGAGUAUUCAUUGGUUGGGUUUGUUUGUGAAGUAACGGGUGAACUAGAUAAGGACAAACAUUUGGUGACAUUUGUUCAAACGUAUAAUGAUUUCUUACAAAAGAACGAGUGGUAUUUAUUCAAUGAUUUCCUUGUGACGGCCAUCCCUCAUUCUGAAGUUUUCAAUCUUUCUUACUGGUGGAAAACUCCUGUUACUUUGGUUUAUAGAAACACCAGAAAUCUCCCUCGUUUUGACUAUGCUGCUUGGAAUAGAGGACUAAAUGAUGAAAUUCUAUAUAGAGAUCAUUUUGCUUAUGGCACAAGAGAAGGUAAGAAAAUUGAAUAUGAGUUGUUGACUAGAGAGGAAGCUCCAAAACCAGGUACAUUAAUUGCAAUAGAUGCAGAGUUUGUGACAUUAGAAGAAGAACAAUUUGAGAUCAAGAGUAAUGGUCUUCGGUCAAUGUUGAAACCAAGAAAACAGACAUUAGCAAGAGUUUCUGUGUUGAGAGGUGACGAUGGACCAAAGAUGGGUGUUCCAUUCAUUGACGAUUAUGUUAUUGUGGAAGAAGGCAUUCACGAUUAUUUGACUUCAUUCAGUGGUAUCGAGCCUGGUGACUUAGACCCUAAAACAAGUGAUAAGGCUCUAGUAUCAAGGGAAACUGUUUAUAGAAAGUUGUGGUUACUAUUGAAUCUAGGAUGUGUGUUUGUUGGUCAUGGUUUGACUAAUGAUUUUAGAACAAUUAACCUUAGUGUUCCACAAAGACAGGUACGUGAUACAGCUGUUUUCUUCUACAAAGGCCAAAGAAUUUUAUCGUUGAGAUUCUUAGCUUAUGUGCUUUUGGAAAAGAGGGUUCAAACAGGUAACCACGAUUCUAUUGAAGAUGCACAUACUGCUUUGCUAUUAUACAAAGAGUAUUUGACAAUCAAAGAAUCUGGAGAUUUGGAUUAUGUUUUGGAUGAAAUUUACAAAGAAGGACAACUUUUGAAAUUCAAGCCACCAGAAGAUGAUUAA